CCUGGGUCCGCACGUCACGGUUGGGUAUUUUCUCUGGUGACUAGCUCGCAUCAAUAGAUCUUCUAAUGUACACCCAGUCAGCCAGCAGCUUCAUGACUGAUGGGACUUUACCUUGCUAAUUUAUUUCAUUAUUGUUACCCGGACAUGAGGAGAAUGGAGAAAUGGAGUAUGCAGCAUGAGGAAUGUCACAUGUGACUGUCGAUAUGGGACAGGGGACUAUUCAAAUGUCAGAUGACCCUUCCCUGCAAUCAAUUCACAUGUAUGUUAAUAUUACUACAGUUACAUAACAGAUACUGUCCUUGAAAAUCGAUCCCAAAGAAAGUGACAUUGGAUUCAUGGAGUCACUUGAAACUACUGCAGGGGUGAAAAGCUCCACAGAGUGUCAGGACAGAAAUGUUGCACAGAAAAAAUGCACAUCAGAGGCUGCACAGACUAGGAGGAGUCCAUCAGUUGAACUGGAAGGCAAGGGGUGGCACCAACAACUGCAAGAAGGUCAGAGCAGAGACACAUGUGGUUUCAAAGAAAUGUCUGACUCAGGGAAAUCACUGCAGUUAGAAGAUCAGCACUCCCAAACCCAGUCCACAAGCCAUCCAGAGUACGAGAUGUCUUCAUAUCCACUGCAGUCCACAAAACAUUUUCCCAUUGGCAGACAGAAAGCUGUAGGUCACUUAGUUUCUGCACAGUCCCCGGGACCUGCAUCUCACAGGAAGUCCCCCAGUUCACCUGAGGUCCAACAACAUUCAGGGAUGGAUCAGCUGUCAGAGACUGUGUGUAAGGUGGAACAGAAACCACAAAAGCCUGGGAAGUAUGUUUGUGAUUACUGUGGAAGGGCAUGUGCCAAACCCAGCGUGCUUAAGAAACAUAUUCGCUCACACACCGGGGAACGGCCCUAUCCAUGUGUCCCCUGUGGAUUCUCCUUCAAAACCAAAAGUAAUUUAUACAAACACAGAAAGUCUCACGCUCACUCAGUCAAAGCUGGAACAGUGCCAUUCUCAGAACUUGGUUCUUACAAUGCCAAUACAGACCAGGGGUCUUUUGAAGGGGAAGGAGAGUUAUUCUCUGAUGCUGAGCAAAGCACGGACACGGACGAGGACACUCUUAACGACCCGCUGCUGCUGCUGGACUCUCCAGUGGAGGGAUCAGAUAACACUGCUGUAAAAGUACUAAAUCUCAUUGCUCAGAAAAAGGGAGCCACGUCGAUGUCAGCUCAGGAUGGUUCAUCCCAACCCCAAGAAAUCAAUGCACCUCCUGCUGCUGCUGAGGUUAGCCGUGCAAUUCAAUCUUGCACGAUCAAACAGAGGCUUGCACUUCGUUUGUCUGAAAAAAGAAGCAGCGACUCUGACCACAAUUUGUCCCUUCCAAGUCAGUCUAGCAAGGGCAGCACGGACUCCGGCUACUUCUCGCGCUCCGAGAGUGCCGAGCACCAGACCGGUCCUCCAAACACCAACGCAAAGUCCUAUCAAGAAAUUAUGUUUGGGAAGUGUUACAGACCAAGCCCUAAACAGACGACAGCUUUUGUGGCCUGCAGCACAGACUCAAGCGAAUAUGCUGGGAAACGCUCGGAAAAGGGUGUUUCCCGUGUUUUCACCCAGGAGAAAGACACUGUUGAAUCCAUUAAAAUAAACACAAAGUCUUUCACGAGGGAGGAGGUCAAAGAACCCCAGUUAGAUGCUGGCUCAGAUAUGGGGCCUCUGAUCAGAAGCAACUCAAUGCCAACAUCCUCAGCAGUGUGUCUGACUAUGCCUCAAGCCCUCAGGGGCAGCCACUCGUUUGAUGAGAGAGCAAGCACAGGGGGCAUGAGGAGACUCAGGCGGCAAGCUGCUUUCGAACUCUCCGCACAUGAUGGGCAUGGAGAUACUGAAAGCCAUGGAAAGAUGAGUGAGUGUGGCAUUUCACCCUCAGGACUGGAAAUGGAAAAUUACCCCUCUAUGCCGUCUAAUAUGAGCCAUCAGAGACAUGCAAUGGAAUUGGCAACAAGGAAGCGUCGGAAAGAGAAGAGGGAAGAGGAGGAUUUGCCCAGUCGAUAUGAGGACCUUCAUGAACAGUGUGAAGAAAUGUUUGAUUCAAGCAAGGACUACGACUCAAAACAAGCUGCAUUGGGCAUUAUGGCCUUAGGGAAAGGACAUUCUUCAAGUAUGCUAACACAGAUGGACAGGUGUGACAUGGACAUAUCAAUGAGCCCUGAAAUUUCUGGUCGUAAAACCUUAGGGAAUGUAAUCUCAGUUAUUCAGCAUACAAACUCGAUAAACAGGCCUCACUCUGAACAGUCAGAAUCCUAUAAGUAUCAUGGGCAGAGACAGGAAGGUAUUUCUUCAUUUCAGGCUAUGGAGGCAAGUGAAUUAUAUGAGAUGGAGAGGAGUGAUAGUAGACUACGGCAAUCAUUUCAAAUGGGCCCCAAACUUGUGCGGCAGCCGAACAUACAAGUCCCAGAGAUUAGGGUCACGGUAGAGCCUGACAGUCCAGAAAAAGCUCCAGAGGUACAGGUGAAGGAGCCAGAGAAGCACGUGGAGGAGUUUCAGUGGCCUCAAAGGAGUGAAACUUUAGCACAAUUCCCUCCAGAAAAACUCCCACCAAAGAAGAAACGGCUACGCUUAGCUGAAAUCGAGCACUCCUCUGGCGAAUCUAGUUUUGAGUCUGCCUGCACCAGUCUCUCUCGUAGCCCGAGCCAAGACAGCAAUUUAUCUUAUAGCUCCACCUUCUCCUUUGACAGGGAGGAGAGCUUGAAGUCGGUCUCUCCAGCCAGGCAGGAUGAAUUUGGCAAACCGCUAGAGCUCUUAGCUGUGCCAGGGAGUGGGCACUCCCUCUCUGUGCUCAACCAGCGUCAACAACAUGAAAUGAGACGCUCCUCCUCGGAGCAGGCGCCGUGUAACUUGCGCAAGGAGUUCCCAGAGGUACGCAGCAUAUCAUUUGACUAUGGCAGUCUUUCUCCAACAUCCAAAGUUAGACACGUGGACAUCAGCGGUGGUCACUCCACUGUGAAGGAGAGAAGGAGGGGAAACUUGGUGCGUCAGGAGUCAUUGAAUAUGGACACUGAAGUAACACAAGUCCAGUCACAAGUGUUUCCGCAGUACCUCAGCAGCACCUCCCCUCCAUUCACAGCACUUGCUGUUCUACCGCAGACCUUGCCAAUAUUUUCCACUGGGAAUACAUUUCCCCAGCUUUCGCAUCCAAGCCUGUUAGUUCCUGUAAGAAUACAGACUCAUGUGCCAUCCUAUGGCAGUAUCACAUACACCUCAGUAUCACAGAUUUUUGACAAUCAGUAUGACAGUGUUAGCUCUACUACAGCCACCACUCAACAUCAAACACGUUUGUCUGGAAAUCUUGAUUCUCAUAAUGCAUUAGCUUAUACCAGACCACCCUCAACACACACCCUUAAUGUUGAAGCCCUUGAUUUGUCAUCAGCUAAGCUCAAGACGGGCAUCCCUCUCUCUUUGACUUCUAGAACUAUCUCAACCACUAACGCCUCCAGUGGUGGCGCGAACAAACGGAUGCUAUCCCCUGCUAGCAGCCUAGACCUUUUCAUGGAGGUCAAGCAGCAAAAACGCGUGAAAGAGGAAAGAAUGUUUGGACAGAUUGUAGAGGAGCUGAGCGCUGUGGAGUUGGGAAAAUGUAAUUUGAGCGAAGAGAAGGUGCAAAGGUCAGAGAUGCAGGGUGCAUCCACACCUGACUCACGUAGGAGUACAUUUAUCACACUUCAGCAAAAAGUGACAGAGGCCACUGACCACACCGUCGAGUCAGCCAUGGAAAGUAGCUCUCUGGAAACCAGCUUGCCUCCCUACUCCAUGAUAUCAGUCAGAGAAACGAAAGAAGUUGGCAUGGAGAAACGAGUGCAGAUGGAUAUGGUGGCACAGCUGGUUACCAGUCAAGACAUCCUGAUCUCAGACACCGAGCAUUCAAGGCUGUUAUCUCAGUUUCCAAGUCUACGCACGACGACAGGUGUGAGCUGGUGUUACCUCAACUACACCAAACCGAGCUGCUCUCACAGCAGCUCCCCUUUAUCAUCCGUGUACACCACCUGGUGUGUGAGUUCCCACAACCCGAACCCUCUGGAGCUGAGCACGAGUGCUGCUCUGGCUCUGCUGCGGUCCAAACAGAAGGGAGACAAGGUUAUAUACACUGUGGCAGCCAUGUGUCAGCCUGGCACGGGGAAACUGGUUUCAUCCCUCAUCCUGUGGAGGCAGACCAUGGAACAGCUGCAGAGGAAACCAGAGCCCAAAGAGGUGGACAUCACCUACGGGAAGAAGGUGAAAGAUAUUGGCUGCAGAGUGAAAACUGCCAAGGAGGAGUGGAAAGAGAGGGAGGCUUCCACAGCGCAAACAGUGCCAACACGUAUUAAGAUCUUCGAGGGAGGGUACAAGUCCAAUGAAGACUAUGUGUAUGUCAGAGGUCGGGGCCGGGGGAAAUACAUUUGUGAGGAGUGUGGUAUUCGCUGUAAGAAGCCAAGCAUGCUGAAAAAACACAUCCGGACCCAUACAGACGUGCGACCGUACAUCUGCAGGGUCUGCAACUUUGCUUUUAAAACUAAGGGAAACCUGACUAAACAUAUGAAGUCAAAGGCGCACAUGAAGAAAUGUCUUGAACUGGGAGUGUCAGUCACAAUGGAUGAGACGGAGAUACAGGAACAUGUUGACGACAUCCAGCAAGAGUCUAAGACAGAAGUGACGGUCACAACCAAACAUCAGUUCUCAGACGCAGAGGAAUCUGACGGCAUGGAUGAAGAGGCUGAUGAAAUCGAUGAAGAUGACGAUGAGGAUGAUGAAUAUGAAGGCGACUCCACUCCAAAGUUGCGUUCAAGAAGUACAAGCCCUCAGGCGUGUGGAGUUACUUCUCUGUCAGUUACAGCCACCGCUGCUAUCCAUGGCUGCUCACUCGCCUCUCUGCCUGGCACCGACGUCCGCCAACAGCCCUCUGGCAGGCGGACAGGCUCCGACCAUCGACCUGUCCUCACCACCGACCAGAGAGAGAAGUCUGUGGAUGAAGACUCUUUGACCAUGCUGUCCCCAGACCAGGCCAGCUUCCUGUUUGACCCUUACUCCUCUUGUUUGCUCUCGCCUGGCUGGGAGUCUCCCAUCAGGGAGCCUUCCCCUUCACGUCUGCGUUACCCAUCCCCACGGCGAGAGCUCUCCCCGCGAGGUCGCUCCUCUCCCAGGUGGGAUACCUCCCCGCUGAGGCCUGGCUCACCCGGCUUCACACCCAUUCAGCACCUCUCCCCAGUCUCGAUGGAGCGACCAAUGUCUCCUGGAUCAGAGCUGGUUGGAAAGCGAGAAUCGUCAGUCAGGGGCCGGCAGAGGGUUGUGCUGAGAGCCGUUUCACCACGUAGAGGCUCGCACCAACACAAAGGCAGCGGCGACAAAACCAGACACCAAGCAAAGAUGGAGAUGGCUCAACAACAAGGAGCCUUUGAAAUGGAAAUGGAUCAAAGGAGCAGCUUGGCUUCUACUCUGCCUGGUUCUGCCAGUUCUCAUCACCAGAACAUCCUCAGCCACCUCCCACUGCACUCCCAGCAGCAGGCCCACAGUUUGCUCCCUGUUGUUCCUGUUGGAGGGCUCCAGAUGUUGCACUCCCCGCCUUCCCCCAGCACUGAUGUCACCCCCUCCUCGGCGCCGAGCCCCCAGAGCAGCGAGGGCCAGCGUUGCAGCAGCAGAGAGGGAUCUGUCCACGGGCUUGAGACGGGAGGAGAGGACAUCAGAGGCCAGAACCAGCUGUCCACCCAUCAGGCCGCUCAGGAGAAAAGCCUCAUUCCCGGCGUCGGGGACAGCAGACAGGAGGAAAACGUGCAAACCUGCUUGAAAGCCAUCGCCUCGCUGAAGAUCACCACAGAAGACCCUCAUUAAGACCCUCUUUUCUGUAUCCAUGAUCUGAUCCAGGAAAAGACACCCCCCCGCUACACCUGCAACCUUGUCGUCCUCAGCCCUUUAGGCACAUAACCUCAUCUUUAUCCAAUUAGAGGCAAUAUAAUAACACUUCCUCUGGUCUUGCACAUACCCCAGACAGCUCCUUUUAAAUCUGAGUGGAGGUCAAACCUUCACAGUGAAGAAGAAAGCCGUCCUGUCUGGUGUGCUCUUCUCUUCAGAGACUCUUUGAAAUGAUUGGAUGAGCAGCAGGAUGUUUUGCAAGGUGGAGAAUCAUUAUUGGGUGCAGGUGCAAUAUGGAAAGAUAUUAUGCUAAUAUGCCUUUGUUUGACAUAGUAGUUUGCGUACAAUUGCACAUAAAUUAUAUUUAUGGAUUCUGUACAAAUGUCCUUAACAUAUACUCCUUCUUAGAUGCAUACAAACAGUGUAUUUUACUGUAUGUGUACUUUGAAAAUAGACUGUUGUUUAAUGUAAUCAUAUCAAGGUGUGAUGCAGUAGUGCAGUAAAUAAAGACUAUUUAUAAGGGGAAAAGUAUGUGUAUUAUGAAACAGUCUGACCAAAUUUUAAGUAGACGCUUCUUGUGCAGUUUGGUGCUUCUAAUCAAGCGGCAAGGGUCUGUGCCUUUUUUUUUUUUUUUUGCUUUUCAUCAUUUCUUUAUCAGAAGGUUGUUGAAUAAGGAAAAAUGUCGAGGUCCUCUUUAUUCAGUCGGCGCUGUCGGAGAGCUCGCUCGAAGGAGAGCUUUUUCUUUCUUUGUACUGUCAGUUCUGCUGACGGAUGGAUGCAGCUUGAUUUAUGUGAAACAAUCUUAAAAAAUAUUUCUUAUGUUGCAUUUUUCUUAAUGUUGUGAUUUUUAUCUUGGUAAAAAUGCAUGGGAUUUGCUAUUGCACAAAAAUAGAGGAAGUUAAUAUGUAAUUAUGAAUACUGUAAGAUGUAUUUAUAUAUUAGAACGUAAGCACUUAUUGAUACUGGUAAAUAUUUGACUACUAUUUAUAUGGUAUAUCUGUACUUAUGCAGCAGUGAUGCAGUUAUGCAGUGAGCCACGUUGGCAUUGCUUUUGAUCUCAUGUCUUUGCUUUGAUUAAAACAGACAGCUUUUUUCUCUCUUAUACAGAUGACCAUAAGCAUUUUAUGAGUUUUGACGAUGCACUUUCAUCCUUUCAUCUUUGAUGUUUAACUGACUUGGUCAGUGGAAAUUUGGGGGAGUAAAACGUGUUAUGUUCUCUUGUGGUUUUGAAACAUUCCAGUUGUUUUUUCACAUUUCUCAUUGUGUGAAACAUGUUGCACACAAAAUUCAAGGGGCUAUGAUGAUCAGUCAAUAGUAUGUUUUCUUGCAUUUCAAGUAUAACUGGAUAAAAUCGUUAUCACUUACUGUAAGUAAUACUAAAGUAAUGAUGUUAACAGCGUGAGUUGGUUGACUAUUACUGUGCUUCAGCUCAAAAUGUAAGUAAUCAUUCACCAAAUGCAUUACUUCUUCUCUGUAUAUAUACGUGUAUUUUUAUGAUUUAAACUAUUUUUGCAGUGUUGAAUUCUGAAAACUUUUUAUGUGGAUUGUUUAUAUCUCUUUAAGAGGUAAAAUGUCUGCAGUUGACAUAUAUCAGAAGUUUAAUGAGAGCGAAAAUAGCACAGUGUUGAUCGCUAACACCGUGUCUCAUCUUUAAAAGAAAAAGUGUAUUCACAUCUUCAAGUGGUUAUGUUACCAGUUUGAGAAUGGAUUUCAUAAUCAGAAAACACUUUGUUCACUCAUGUUUACAUAAAAAAAUUUUUUAAAAAGGUGCACUGCUUUAAUUUUGUGUUUCCCUUUCUGAAGAUGUAUGUAGCUUUGAUUUCAUGGUUAUGUAAUUUUAUUUGUCGUGAUAAUGGUGCAGAAUGCUCAUAAAAUGUGAAGGGAAAGUGAAGCCUUUUAUUUGCUUUUGCAUACAUAUGUAUUCAGAUAGUGUUUGUGUUUUGUUUUUAUUGUGUAUUCAUAUUUACUGAACUGCAUUGUGCCUCUCAUAACUAUGAAAUUCCCUGUAAAACACACGGAGGACAAAUCAUUUUACCUCUCAGCUAAGAUUUUUUGAGGGAAAAACCUCGGUAGCCAAUUUGUUGUUUAGCUAUCUGCAUCAAAACUGGUUAGUCAGGAUGGAGUGCCUCUUUUAUGCUAUGGGGAAUUUAUUGUUUGGUGCUCUACUUUUUCAGAUUAAAUUCAAAAUUGUUUUAAAAGAAUAUACUUCUAACCCAAG